AUGGUCCCAUAUGAUGAACCGAUUUAUGGCUUUUCUAGGGAACAAGUUUCCUCCCGCGGCUACAUUGACCUCCAUACGGUCUUCCGCGAUGGCGCCCAAACAAAGACAAUUCCUAACCGCUUUCUCAUCGUCGACGUACCUACAUCUUAUAAUGUCCUCCUCGGCCGCCCUUCACUCAACACCCUUGGCGCUGUUGUCUCCACACCUCAUCUGGCCAUGAAGUUCCCCUCCCCAUUUGGGGACAUCCUUACCAUUCAUGGCGACCAACGCCUUGCACGCAAAUGCUAUAUGGCCAGCCUACGCCCACAGCUCCCCAUCCUGCAAACCAAUCACAUUGAGCGGCCACUUGGCUCUGAGAUCGCUUUGUCUAGUGACGAUCUAGACCCGAGAGUGGGCCGGGAUAUCCGCCUUGAACCUAUUGAAGAAACCACCCCCUUGGAGCUCCCAAAUGGCCGCAUCAUCAAAGUUGGUACUGGGCUAGAAUCUGAACAGCGUGACAUCAUAACACCCACCCUAGUCGGCAAUACAUACCUUUUUGCUUGGUCUGCUGCUGACUUACCUACAGUUGACCCUCAAGUGAAAAAAUGCAAACUUGGUGAGGAACAACGCCUAGCGGCCAAGGCCGAGGCCGAUAAGUUACUGAGCGUGGGGUUCAUCGAAGAAGCUCACUAUACCACUUGGCUCUCUAACGUGGUCCUGGUUAAGAAGGCCAACGGCAAGUGGCGAAUGUGUGUUGAUUACACGGAUCUUAACAAAGCAUGUCCCAGAGAUGCCUACCCCUUACCCAAUAUUGACCGACUUGUUGACGGCGCAGUCGGUAACAAGGUCCUCAGUUUUCUUCAUGCAUACUCCGAUUAUAACCAAAUCCCUAUGACCGCAUCUGACAUGAACAAAAUUGCCUUCAUCACAGACGAUGCCAAUUACUUCUACAAGGUCAUGCCAUUUAGCCUUAAAAACGCUGGAGCAACAUACCAACAAUUGAUAGACAAAGUCUUCAGUAUUUAA